AUGCCAAGUGACUCGGAAUCUCAACACUCGGCAGGAAAUCAUGUCGAUUUGAUCGAAGUCAACUCGGAUGACACGUACAUGAAUGCCUCGGAGGAUAUCGUGGCUUUAUUGCGUGCAACAAUUUCGCGCAUCGAACUCGAACUCGUCGAGAAAGAAAAACGUUUUCAACGAGCGAAAGAAGCUUUCGAAAGUCAAAAAGACAUUGCAAGAGGUUAGUGUGAUCAGGGUGAAUUUCUAAAAAAAACAACUUGUUACUUUCCAGCUCUCAAAUUGAUGUUGGAAGAAAGUGUGAGAAAUCAAGCUUCGAACUCAGCUGAUCAGACAUCCGAGGCCAUUGAGAAGGGGACGGCAGAAGAAAGAAGAAAUCAGCUUGAAAUGGUUGCUAGAAAAUUUGGAAUUGUUAUUGUGCCAACUCCAACUUUGGCUCAAUCUUCGGACCAGGAGAAGACGGAAAGUGAAACUGCCUUGUCGAAUUUAAGAAAUCAGAACUCGACAAGCCACUCGGAAUGCUCGGUAACCGACCAAAUAUUUGGCACACAAACACCAAGCUCGUCAAUGUCAAGACAAGACCAAUCGAAUAUCGAAUUCGCGAGAAGAAAUCCGCCACAAGACAACAACAGCUGCCAAAAUUCCGUCUAUAUGACUCGUGGUAUGAUGGAAGAAACUGAACGUCUUCUCCACAAGAUUAACAAAAGAAGACUCGUCAGAUCUGAAGGAUUCAUCAACCGCGAGCAUUUCCUCGACGAGCUCCGAACCUUUAUCUAUGGAGAUAUCAAACAACCGAUGAGCUAUUUUGGAGAUGGAGAAGAACCAGCAAGACCAUUCAUGACGUUGAAUGGCGAGAAAUUUGAUAUUCAUUUUUAUCCGUCAAACACGUAUGAGAAAAAGAUUCGCAAGGAACAUGAAUUUAACGGCUGUUCUUGGUGCUACGGUCGUAACACGGAAUACCACCCAACAACAAGAUGUGAGUGCUUACACGACCAUCAAAAACGGUUGAUUUUGCUGCUCGGAUGGAGAUGUUGGGGAUGUUUAGAAGCCGGUCACAUGAUCGACGAGUGUCCGAGAUUUGGUGGACAAUUCUGCAAAAAGUGCAAGGGACCAAAUCCAUCGAAGAGCCAUUCGGCAUGGACGCAUUUCCACGCGCUCGCGAUCUUCACCACUAUGGAGAUCGAAUCUCAAGAGGCUGCAGUUUACAAAUGCAAAGUUUUGCGCUUUGAAAUCUGA